AUGGCAAACUACGUUGAUGCUUCUUCGCAGACGGAAUGGGCGGGACUGAUGCAGAAGAACAUUGUUCGUUCAGAGGCCUUCUUCGCUCCAUACCCUGCCACAAACACGCCGCCGGAUGAACCAUUAACAAAAAAGGAGCAGUGCCUUGAGGAUUUCCCAUCCCUGUCGCAUUCAGAGGCGCGCGGCCAACCACAGACACCGCCACAAUCAAUAGAGCCAUUCAGAGAGCGUGUUUCAGCCAUGUCAACAUCGCCAUUGCUAUCUCGGAGCCAGAACCGUCCCGCCUUUGUGGCACACAUCGAUCUGCCAUCCCCAGAGAUGAGAGAACUUGAGACGCUCGAUGACGAGGUGCCAGUCUCGCCACCGCCGUCUGCUCUUGUUCUAUCGCCAGUACCGGAGGCCAACAGGCGAUUCGCCGGGCACACGCCUCUGUUCCCACGAUCGCCAUCUCCAGACACGCCUAGGAAGCAGCCUCCACAGCACCUGGCUCCAAUCGCGCCAGGGAGGCCCCUUUCCAUGCCAGUACAUGAAUUGAUCGUCGAGCAAGAUCCUAGCGAAGAUGCCGACACGGAGCCGCAACCAGCCAUGGAGAGUCAAUCGACAACGCCGCAAGAAGAUGUUGGACUGACAGGACCGCUCACGCUCGCACCAAAUCCUGGCGACGGCACCCAAGACACCAUCUUGCUAAGCGCUCUAGAUACCGAGCUUAGCAGAAUCGCCCGGCAACAGCGAAGAGUCGAUGCUGCGGCUGAAGAUGGCCAGCCACUCAGUCGCCAAGAGUCAUCGGAGUCUCGAUCGUCUGAGGUCCAGCCCGUCGACGGCGUGACGUUGAAGAAGAGCGUCCCCAUGAACUUUGGAGCGCCACUGGGGCAGGUGUAG